AUGUCAAUCAAAGAAGAUACGUCGGCUAUCGUCACGGCCGCCCGGAAAUUCAUGGAGGAAUAUUCUGCCGUCGUCAUCUCCGGAAAUUCCUCUGAAGAUAAAACUGAGGUUUCUGCCAAGAUGGCCACUUACUACAAGGCCCCUCUCGCCUUCCUAGCGGGCGGAAAAGUUGGACAUAUGACAGAUCAAAGCCAAUUCGCCCCUCUUAUCAAAAGUACUUUGGACAAAGCUGCUUCAAUUUCAUCAGUACCACUUGUUCUUCACGAAAUAGAGGUGAAGGCUGUAGCGGAGAAGAGCGCUAUUGCCUGGCUUCACUUAAGCAUGUUGGAUAUUCAAGUGUAUAAUGUUUACUUCAUUCGGAUGAAUGAAGUAGGGGAUGUUUAUUUUGAGGGAGGGAUCUUUGAUGGGGAGAACUUUUUGACGGCGCAGCUGGAAAAGCUGCACCAGUAA